UUAUUUUGUCGUCUCGGCGAUGAUAUCGAGAAGAAGGGAGAAACGGCGGGAAAAGAGAUAGUAAAAGCUCGUCAGGCGGCGAUUGCAGAGAGCAACAAGGGGCAGUAGGACCCAACAAAUCUGACGAGGAUGAGUGAACGCAAAUGGACGCCCCAAGUAACUUUCUCUCGCGUGUGGGUCUAGCUAUAUCCAUGUACGCGUCGAGCAAGGCGAGCGACGGAGACGGAGGAGGGGCAGGCGGUCCGGUCGCGGAAGAGGAGCAGAGUUUUUCGUCCAUUCGUAACAGCGAACUCUACCCGCACAACAGCAAAGUCGUAGACAAGGGUUGCCCAGCCACAGUCCAACCGUUCCCUUUGCUGAGCGGGGAGGCUCUGGAGUACAUUGGUCUCCUGGCAGAGGACUCCUAUAUCGCCAUCUCCAACUACCGAUUUUUCGUCUCGAGACAAAAUGGCUUCUUCAAUGUCCCCACAGGUCUCAUUGAUACAGUGGAUCUGUAUGGGUCCAAGGAGCAGAUUGUGGUGCUGUGCAAAGACGGAGGCAGUUUCUAUGUCUCAUUUGGCUCCCAAUCACACUGCGCCAUGUGGGUGGACAGACUCCGUCGGGCCAUCUGCGGAGCUAGAGAUCUUGACAAGACAUUUCGCCUUUGUCCACUGGGCCUACAGUAGGGACCAGACAACCACGCCCACAAGAAACCAGGCCACGCCCCCUGUCCUCAAUGGCGGAAAACCCUUACUGAAUAGUGACUAUGGUUGGGUGUAUAGCAGUGAUGUGGUGCGGGCAGAGUUCCGCGAAUGCAAAUGGACGUCACAGGAUCGUGGAGGAUAUCAGACUGCAACUGUGAAUACAAACUGUGUCCUACCUACCCCAAGCUCCUGGUAGUUCCGUCUUCACUGACAGAGGAGGAGAUGCGCUCUGCUGCCAAGUUCAGAGCCAUUGGUCGUUUCCCCACCAUCGUUUGGAGACACACGAGGAAUGGAGCGGUGAUAGCUCGUUCCAGCCAGCCCCUGGUCGGAGUCCUCGGCUGGCGGAACCCAGAGGACGAGAAACUUCUUCACGCCGUCUCCCUCUCGUGCUCCACCCCCGUCACUGGCCACACCCCCUCUAACGGGUCCUCCUCUCCCGUCCCAAUUCCGUUCCGGAACGGGGGUCCCCCUGCUCAAAUGAUGGAUGAUAGGGGGCAAUUGGUGCAGUCAGUAUUCAUGAAUAAUGGUCACACGAGCGAACCACUUGCCUUUGAAACGUCACACUCCCAGUUCGUCCUACAGGACGUGAUACAGACCUGUCCUGAACUUCAUGAUGGACGCACGGCGUGUCCUGAACUUCAGGACGGGCACACAGCGUGUCCUGAACUUCAGGACGGGCACACAGCGUGUCCUGAACUGCUGGUGAUGGAUCUGAGGUCUUACACAGCUGCCCUGGGGAACAGAGCUAAGGGUGGGGGUUGCGAAUGCACAGACUACUAUCCUAACUGUGAGGUGGUCUACAAGAAUCUUCCCAACAUCCACUCCGUCCGGAAGAGCUUCCAACAGCUUCGGAGCGCGCUUCUCAACGACGACCAGAGCAAUUUCCUAUCGAACCUGGAGGGUACCCAGUGGCUCCACUAUCUGUGUCAGCUCAUCUCGGUCGCCUGUGACGUGGUACAGACUGUCCACGACAAAGCCAGACCGGUACUGGUCCACUGCAGCGACGGUUGGGACCGCACCGCCCAAGUUGUGCCACUGGCUGAACUAAUGCUGGACCCUUACUACAGAACCAUAGAGGGGUUCCAGGUGCUGGUGGAGAGAGAGUGGCUGGGGUUUGGUCACAGGUUCAGCGAUCGCUGCGGGCAACACGCGGCGUGUCCCGACGUCAACCAGCGCAGCCCCGUCUUCCUCCAGUGGCUGGACUGCGUUCACCAGCUGCUCCUCCAGUUCCCCUCUCACUUUCAGUUCAACCACAACUUCCUGGUGAAGAUGGGUCUCCACAGCUACUCCUGUCUCUACGGGACUCUACUGGGGAACAGCAUGAAGGAGAGAGACGGUGCGAGGAUCGGGAAACGCACCCUCUCUCUCUGGUCUCUCCUCAACCCCCGUAAUCCAGAGGUCGUCAACCACCUCUUCACAACAGCUGGCCCUCGGGUUCUGCGACCAGAGGCUAACACACGGAAGAUGGAGCUGUGGCGGGCAAUGUUCCUGGCUCCCUGCCUCACUCCCUCCUCUGCCCUCUCCUCAACUCACACCCCCAAUACUACCACAACUAGUACCUCAGUCUCCAGCACUGCACCCUCCACUAGUACACAGGUUGAAAGUGAGACGGGGAGUGACGUGAUAGCUGUGCCCCUGCCUAAGGAGGUGGAAAUGAAGGAGAUUGCAGGUGCCACUGUCCGCGGCCGUGGACACUCUGACUCUUCAUUUGCCUCCGUCUCCAGCUCCUCCUCCCCCGUCCCUCCCCUGGAGGGGGCCGAGAGGGGGGCGGACAUUAAUACUACCCCCGGGGAUCACGAGGGAACAGAAGAAACAAGAUCAAUGGAAGAUAAGGAUGCCGUGACACAACCUGGUCACGAGAAUGUACGUGAAGACCUGUCAUUUCCACCUCCAUGUGAUGUGUCCCACGACGUUACCAUAGAAACAGACUCCACCCACACUAAUCACAUUGCCCCUCCCCCACUGCUAUCUCGCUCACACACAGCAGAGCUUCCUCUAGUUUCACGUCCACUGUCUGCCAACCCACACACCCACCUCUUCACAUCCGUCACCUCUGACCUUCUCCACGACGCCAUUCACGACCACUCCCCCCGGCAGCAGCACGGGGAGUCGUUCCUAAAUGGAGCACACCACAUCGUCGGUCGUUCUUCCCUCCCUCUCGCCGCCACUCGCGGAGCAGUGGACGAAGAAAUGUGGCCCGGUGUUCGGAUUGAUUCUGACGGGAUAACGAGUAGGGUUAGAGAAGAAGAUUGGAGAUUGCUCCGUGUUUUGCAGUGUUACGAGGCCAGGAUUGCCGGGCCUGAGCCGGCAGCUGGUGGAAAUGAAGAUGGCGUUGAGGGAGUGUGUGAGGGAGGGGGAGAGGGGGAGUGGGCGGAGGGGAGAGGAACACAAGGAGGAGGAGGAAGAGACUGCUACGACAGGAGCAUCUGUUUUGGAAGAUAAUCAGUCUCCGGUGUCUCUGGCCAGCUGGGAAUGUGUGGAGGAUGGGGAGGGGGUGGGGGUGAAGUGGGUCCCAGAUCACGCUGCAACACACUGUCAGGGCUGCGCCGCCGCAUUCUCCUUAAUCGUCAGGAAACACCACUGCAGAGCAUGUGGAGGGGUAUUCUGCCACUCCUGCUCUGACUACCAGUGCCCCGUCCCUGACCAACACCUCUACACUGACGUGAGAGUAUGCUCGAGAUGUUACAACCGACUCGACGGCCAUCUUAUUCCCGAAUCCAGCGGCGAAGACCCCACCUAGGAAACUUAGAAAUUUGCUAUUGUGUGUGCACUAUAUCACAGUAUAGUAUAAGUAGCUAGCUGACGCAUAGCUUCAACAAUUGGGUGAUCAUUUUUUAGUCUUUUUUUUUUUAUUUGUCACUAGUUUCAAAUUCUGUAAAAUAGCCAGUUGUCCCUAACUAUAAACUUUCAGGCUAUCUCGUACUACUGCGCAUGCGUUCGCUCACGCAACGUUAGUGCGCAUGCGUGCGCCCGUAAGAGAAGAGAAUUGGAGGUCAGCUGAGCUGAAUCUUGUCAAAAUGGAUUCAGAAGGUGGAGAGAAGAAGAAAGGACGCAGGCGCGGUCUGAAGGAGAGGCUGGAUGCAGGGGAGACGAUCCUGUGUGCAGAGGGCUACCUGCUGGCCUUCGUCCGCUCGGGCUACGUCCUGCAGGGACUGUGGGUGCCCGAGUUCGUGCUAGACUACCCCGACGUCCUGCGGCAACAGCACUACGAGUUCGUGCGAGCUGGCUCCGACGUCACGGAAGCCUACCAGUACCACACUAACAGGACAAUGAUGGAGAGAAUAAGUGGCCAGGACCGGACGGAGGAGAUAAAUCGGAUCGCGAUAAAAAUUGCCCGCGAGGUGGCCGAUGAGACGGGGACGCUGUGUGCAGGAGGUCUCUCCAGUACAAACCUCUUCAAAUUCUCCGACUCGCCCAGCGAUGAAGACCCCACCGAGAAAGUGAAGAAGAUUUUCGAGGAGCAAGUUCGUUGGUCCAAGGAGGAG